AUGGAUAAAGACUCAUACAACAACAAAAUCCUGGACCUUCUUAAUGAUGGGAGUUACUCCAAAAUUAAAAACGAUCCUACUAAAAGCCUAACGACGAAAACCAACAGUAUCAUCACGAGUUCGACUUCCCUAAUCGAACCAAGCAAACGUCCCUCUCUAAAACCAUCGGCGGCUAGACCUCCCAGACUCUAUGGUCUUCCCAAAAUUCAUAAAGAAGGCACCCCGCUACGACCCAUCGUGUCGACUAUAAACUCUCCUACGUACAAACUAGCCCGUUUUCUAUCAGAUACUCUGCUCCCCUUCACAGGCAAGACCUCUUCGGCAGUACUCAACUCAACACAAUUAGUCUCUAUGGUUAAGGACAUGGUACUAUCUCCGGAUGACAUCCUCGUCAGCUUUGAUGUAGUAUCUUUGUUUACCAAAGUCCCAGUACCGGACACCCUAACAAUAAUUGAGGACUUAGUCCAACAUGGAUUGAAUUCUGAUGUACCUGCGCUGGUGAGGCAUUGCCUCACCAACACCUAUUUUACCUGGAAUGGCACCUUCUACAAACAGAAUGAGGGUACCCCUAUGGGCUCCCCCUUGUCACCAGUUAUAGCCAACAUGUUCAUGGAAAAGUUUGAAUCAGACGCCAUCCAGACAUCCACCCUGCGUCCUUCCUUUUGGAAGAGGUAUGUUGAUGACACUUUCGUCAUCUGGCCACAUGGCCUCCCAGCACUGAACCACUUCUUAGACCACAUCAAUUCUAGACACCCAUCCAUCAGAUUCACUAUGGAAGUAGAGAAAGACGGCAAACUACCAUUUUUGGAUAUUCUGUUUGAGAGGAGACCUGACGGAUCCUUGGGACAUUCUGUCUACAGGAAAGCCACCCACACAGAUUCCUACUUGAAACCGGAUUCCCACCACCACCCAUCUCAAAAGAAUUCUCUCAUCAAAACGCUAUACCACAGAGCCCAUGGCAUUUCUGACCAACACCACCUGACCGGUGAAUUGAGACAUGUACAUCGGGCCCUCAGGAUGAACGGAUACUCUGACCAUGGUGUGGACAAGUCCCGCUGGCGAGUGGCAGCAGUGCCUAGGGAGGCCGUGACGGCUCACGAGUUGGUGGCUGUCAGCACCACAGCCGCCUGGCUUCGCCUCUGCCCAGCAGCGAUGUUCACUGCACAGCGCACCAGGCAGGAUGCAUUUGGUGCUGAGUCGACCUAG